AUGAGCAAGAAACGGAAGCUCGGCCACGCGGCGGGCAAGAAGCAGAGGCCCAUGCCUCACGGCAGCAAGGGCACCGGGCCCGGCGGAAACCACAAUGCACACAACCAUGACAGAAGUAACAAUAAGAACGGCCACAGCAGCAACCACAGAGAUGCCUCGCAAAAGCAGAAAAAUACUACAUCUACAUCCUCCUCGUCAUCUCCACUGCCACCUCCGACCAUCCCCUUCCAUCCCGAAGACGACGCGAUCCUCCUUGUCGGCGAGGGCGAUCUCAGCUUUGCCGCCUCGCUCGCCGAGCACCACAACUGCCUGCGUCUGACGGCCACCGUGCUGGAGGAGAGCGCUGAGGCUCUGGCUGCCAAGUACCCUCAGGCUGCCGCCAAUGCAGAGCGCAUUGCCGCCGCGGACGGCAAGGUGCUCUACAAUGUCGACGCCAAGACCAUGGGCCCGUACACGUCCCGGUCGAAGAAGGACAAGGACGGCAAGGACGGCAAGGACAGCAAGGACGGGAGGGAUGCCAAGAACAAGGACAAGGAGGGCAUCUUUGAUCGGAUCCUGUUCAACUUCCCGCACAUUGGCGGCAAGAGCACCGACGUCAACCGCCAGGUGCGCCACAACCAGGAGCUGCUCGUGGCUUUCUUCCGGCGCGCGCUGCUGUCGCUUGCGCCCGGCGGGUCCAUUGUGGUGACGCUAUUUGAGGGCGAGCCCUACACGCUGUGGAACAUUCGCAAUCUGGCGCGGCACGCGGGGCUGCAGGUCGAGCGCAGCUUCCGGUUCCAGUUUGGCGCAUACCCGGGCUACCAUCAUGCGCGGACACUGGGCGUGGUACGGAUGGGCGGCAGUGGCGAUGCAGACGACAGCAUCGGAAGCAACGACGUGUCGACGACUGCAUGGAAGGGCGAGGACCGCGCGGCACGCAGCUACGUGUUUGUGCGCAAGGAUGAGAUCGCACAGCCGCCGCGGCCCAAGGUACCCUCCUCCCACAACAGCAGGGCCGCGAAGCGGAAACGGGGAGGCGACGACGCCAGCAGUGACAGUGACGCGUGA